AGCGGCCCGGUCAGGCUCUUCGUGCCUUACAAAAGGCGCAAGAAGGAGAGUGAGCUGCCCACGACCCCGGUGAAGAAGGACUCCCCCAAGAACAUCACAUUGCUUCCGGCAACGGCGGCCACCGCCUUCACUGUGACCCCCUCGGGACAGAUCACCACCUCCGGGGCACUGACCUUCGACCGGGCGUCCACCGUGGAGGCCACCGCUGUCAUCUCCGAGAGUCCGGCCCAGGGCGACGUCUUUGCAGGAGCCACAGUCCAAGAGGCCGGCGUGCAGCCCCCCUGCCGGGGCGGCCACCCUGAGCCCCACUACCCUGGCUAUCAGGACAGCUGCCAGAUGGCGCCGUUUCCGGAAGCUGCACUGCCUACAUCACACCCCAAGAUCGUGUUGACGUCCCUGCCUGCCCUGGCAGUCCCGCCCCCCACGCCCACCAAGGCCGUGUCUCCCACGGUGAUCAACGGCCUGGAGAUGUCCGAGCAGCGGAGCUGGCUGUACCUGGAAGAGAUGGUCAACUCCUUGCUCAGUACAGCCCAGCAGCUGAAGACACUGUUUGAGCAAGCCAAGCAGGCCAGUUCCUUCCGAGAAGCUGCUGCCACCCAGGCCAAACUUCAGGCUGACACAGAGCGCAAGGAGCAGUCCUGCGUCAACUGCGGCCGGGAAGCCAUGAGCGAGUGCACGGGCUGCCACAAGGUCAACUACUGCUCGACCUUCUGCCAGCGCAAGGUGG